GUAACCUACGAGCUGCUCAGUAAGGACAGAGUUGUUCGAUGGUUUAGAUCGAGACGCCCGUAUCCGAGCGAGCACCCUGUCGCAGAAGUGGCCGAAAGCAAAACCGUAGUAGCACCCGACCAGCACCAGCUGCAACCCGAUCGAAUCUGAUCUAGGGCGAAUCUGACGUUAGCGACUUUCAACCGCAUCCGCACCUGGUUUGGGGAACAGGUCCCCACCCCUUCCAGCAAAAAUCCCAUCCUUGCACCAGAUCGACGGCAAAUCGCUGUUAAAACAAUAGCAAAAAAAAAAACAAAAAAUCCCUUUUUGAAAUCAGUGUCUGCAAAGACUGCAACGUUAUUGCCUGGUGACAAAUCCAGUGAACAAGGGUUUUGAAACCUUUUUUAUGAUUUUUUAUUAAUCUACCAUUUUGUGUGAAAAUCAACAAAUCGACAAAGUGCAACAAAUGCGAGUUGAGUAAAAGUGUUUGUAUGUGUGUGUGUGCGCGUGUGAAUGGAGUUACAAAACCAAAUGUGUUGCAGCGGAUGUUCGCAUAAUGUGUACUACAGGCUGCGAUCAGUUACGAUGCACCGUUUGCUAGACUAAUUGAUCAACCCAACUUUUUUGCGGGCAGUAAAACGUUCGUGUGAGAUAAUUCACAUUGUGUUCUACAAUUUGUGUACAAUCAUCUUCAACUAGCUCUUCUAUCAAACGUCCAACUAUCAUACGUCAUAUUGUGCAAAACCGGUGUUGCGGGGGAAAAGAUAAGUUCGCAGCACUAGAAUAAUUGUUGUGUCAAAAGCUGUAACGCUUCAAGCUGCGUUACGCCGUUCAAACGAUACCCGAUUGUAGUGAAACAUUUCUUUUUUGUGUGUGCGUAUAAAAAAAGUGCAUGUGCAGUGCUUGUGUGCGUGUGUGAGUGUGUUCGCAUAAUAAUGGAUAGAAUUUGGAUAACAUUUUUGCUAUUGAUUAUCGCCAUCAUUUACGGGCAAACGAAGGGACAAUCAACAGUGAACGUACAGCUCGUGGUUAAAAAAUAUGUCGAGCGAGGAAGUGCAGUGGCACUCUAUUGCGAAAAUGAUGUUUUGCCAGAUAUCCUCUACAAGGUGACCUUUCUCAAAGAAGAGAGCAAAAUUUUUGAGUAUAUUAAAGGACGAAGCCCACCGUAUCGAAACUACAGUAUACCUGGAGCGGAAAUUGAUUGGAAAAAGGUGACUCCUUCGACGCUAACGCUAAAGAAUGUCGACUACGAUGCAUCUGGUUCGUACUAUUGUGAAGUGUCGACCGAUACGCCCAUCUUCACCAAAGCAUCCAACGAUGAAAUGCUGCACGUGAUGUUACCACAGAAGGGACCACCGACGAUCGAGUUUGCCAAAAAACAACUUUACUAUGGUGAUAUGCUCAUUGCAAACUGUACCACAUCAAGAGCCCGCCCAUCACCGCACAUUACGUGGUUGAUUAAUGGUAAACAGGUGGAUGACUCACACGUCCGGCAAUUACAUCAUAAUUCAAAAAAUAGCCAUCGCUCGAAGGUGCAGCAAACACUCGGACAACAAACGACAGUUUAUCACGGGAAGGUAAUCGGUUCUGGUGCCAGCUCAUCCGGCAGUGGCAGCUUAAAGGAGCUAAAGCAACGGACAAAAGCGGUGGAGAAUGACUUCCAGGACAAAUUGACUAAAUCAACCAGCUCCAUGGGUCUCGGUGGUGGACUCGGUGGCGGUAACGGUGGUUAUUCCGGUAGCUUCGAGAUUCAACCUAACAUCGGGUACAACAGUUUCGAAAGUGGCUACAACUACGGUAUCAAGAUGCAUCAUCCCGGACGGGAGCGGAGUGGCGGCAGUACGAUCGGUUUGCUGAACGGUGCAUUUGGUGGAUCGGCCUACGGCAGCUUCGGCGGUAUGGCCGGGUUGGGUUCGCUCGGUACCGGACCAGGCCUUGGCACGCCGGACAUCAUCGUGGAGGAGAGUGAUAAAAAGACUUGGCAGCGAAAUGACUACAACUAUAACUAUAACCAGUACUACGACAAUAAGCAGCUGCAACAGCAACAACAGCACUAUGAUAAUGGCUACCGAAAGCAUCGCCCCUCUUUCGAACACAAAUAUCGGCGGCACGUCAAUGAGGGUGAACAACGCAAAAGCCAUCGUGUGUUUGCCUCCUACAGUCAGCUGUCGAUUCGCAUCACCGAGGCUUUAACGAACAACUUGGGGCGGAUAGAGAUCACCUGCCUAGCAACAAUUCCAGCGCAUGUAGAGCCGGGCGAGCAGUACGCCGACUAUAAGACUUCGUUGAUCAAACUCGAUAUUGAGCAGAAUGAUCAAACAUCACCCCAGCCGUCAAUGAGCGGAAUGGCUGCAUUCGGAAAUUCUGGCGCCGCACAAAACAGCUUCCAUUCGGUGCCCGUGCGCAGCCGUUCGGCCGUAGCUCUUACCGGUGCUUUAUUGGCGCUGAGCGUCGCUUACCGCCGCUUCCGACCACAGUUGGUGUAAUUCGCAUCCCUUCUAAUACCAAACCACCCCCCAAACAAAACAAAAAAAACGGUUACGCCUGUAGUAAAGCGAUCGCACAGAUCGCACAGACGAUGUCGCUAUAUAAGCUCCAGAAUGUUUUUUUCCCCUACCACGCCCCGAUGCCAGGUGUCCAGGUUACGUUUUCUGCGUAUGUGUGUUUUUGUGUGGGAAUUCGAAUGUGUGCAUAUGUGUACGGUAACAAGCGUGUAUUGUAUAAAGUGGGUUUUUCGCGUAUCAAGUUUUCUUUUCCGCAUGUGUUAAAGUUACCGGGAAAUCAUAUUGUUCAUCCAGCAUUGAACCAGCAUAGAAUAUGGUCCAGAAAGCAGAAAACAGAUUGCUGUCGUAAUGCGCUACGCACAAAGAAUACGCAAAACGUUCGCUGUAGAACAAGUGAGGCUGUGAAAAGCUCCCGAAACAUCCAAGAAAAAUGGUGUUCCAGUGCGUGAGUGGAAUAGUGGGCUGACCGCAAUAAUGCAUUCAGUAGUGAAAGAAAUUUUGUUUAAAUACCACCACCAACCAACAAUCAACAACCCGUUUCUGGAACAGUAUCAAGAUCAUCAAUAAACGUGUCAAUCACUUUCAUGGUUCGUAACCAUGGACGUUUAAAAUAAAACCAUUUUUAAAAGAAAGGAUGACAGCUGCUGCCAUCGCGUACUUCACAAUUACAUUCGCGGUUUCUUCUGAGUUUAAGUAUUAUUGAAUGUUUUUUUGUGUGUAAAAAAUAUUCAAUAUAUGUAUAUAUAAAUACAACUUCACUACAAGAACAGAAACACAGAGUAAGAAAAAUAAAAAAAAACCAUAAACAAAAUUUUUACUUCCAACGAUUCAACAAUUUCAACAACAAUCUUCAAGAUUCGAUCUCAAGAGGAAAACCCAAAAAAAGGUAAAUGUGUUCCAUCAACUUCGUUUUGUGCUUUUUUUCCUAAAAACUAGAAGCGAGAAUUAGGAGCAAACAAAAAAAACCGAAACACACACCCGCACACCCCACACAUUAACGCAUCGUUUUGCAAAAACGAACGCGACAAACAUAGCGAAUUAAUUUACAUAAGAGGUUAAGAGAUAGUCAAUAUUUAUUCUAUAAUAUUAGCGGUCCCGGUUUGGGAUCGGAUUAACAAAAAAAAAACAAGUAACUGUAAAGUUUAGUAUGCAUAUUUGAAAUCCUGCUUGUGAGAUAUAAAUUACCGCAGCAAAACAGAAGUGAAAGUUGUGUGCAGCAGUGUGCGUGAAAAUACAACAAAAAUAAAUCGCAAACACAAGCAAGAAAAAAAACCCAGUAUAUAUACAGAUAUACAUACAAUUAUACUUAUUAUACAUUUUGCAAGCAAAAACAUAAGACUUUCACUCGAAUUUUACAUCGAUCAGUUCAGCAUUUAAAGGGAAAAAAAUGGUGUUGCAUCGGUGGCAAAAAAACAAAAGCUGCUCUAGGACGCCCCAUAAUCAUUAUUGGAGAGAAGAAAAAAAACGAGUCGAGUCGAGUGAAUGCGUAAUUGAUGACAAUUCAUUUUAUAUAUUAUGAGAUACAGUUUUGCGGAUAAAUCAAAUGAUCGAUCGGCGCAUUUGGCAACAAAAAAAACAAACAAAAUUAAACCAAACAACAAGAAACAAAAUGAAGUAAAACAAAAAACACGAGAAAAUCUUAAAACCCCAUAAGUGUUUAAGUAUGCGAGAAAGGGAAAUGCGCGAUGGUUACGUAGAAUCGAGUAUGUUAAUGUAAAGCUGCUUUAUGAUGGUUAUAGUUUAAAAUAGUCGUGAAAUCAUUUUCAAGGUGCAUACAUAAUCGAACAAAAGAAAAAAACAAAUAUUACACAUACAUAACUCAAACUCUUACGAAUAGGGGAAGGUAAAAUAGGCUUGAAAUUAUUAUAAUUAAUGUAAUUAUGUUUAUUAUUAUUGUUAAAAGAAAGAAUGUUACAUCUGUGAGCGUGGAAAAAGGUAGAAAAAAAGAAAUUCAAACGCACAUAAAACGGUGCAGAAUUGUCUGUCCCUGUAUGUUUCCGUGUUAUAUGCCGCAAACCUGUCCAUCUCGGCAUUCCAAAAAUCGUUACGCAUUUUCCAGCAUAAAUCUUUGUUUGCAAACAACCAAAAAAACAAAACAAAAAAUACUGUACGCUUUUGCAAUCCAAAACACGCGUGGUAAGAUGUCAAAUGUAAAAUGAAAAAUUGCGGCUAGGAAUCGAUGUAUCAAUGUGUACUGUUGUGUGUGAUCUUCGAUAUGCUUCAGGCAGUUUGCGAUGGGAAACGAAGAGGUAACUAUUGCUAGCAAUUAAAUAAUUAACAAAAAAAACAGAUUCGCGUUUUUUCGGUUUUCUAUUCUCGCGUUUUGUUAUAAAACGGGUGUCAUGUGUAUAAAAAAAGGGGAAGUUUUGCACAAACUAUUAAGUCUAUAGAACACUAUUAUUAGCUAGCGUGAAUGUUACUCGAGUUGUUGCGUGAUGUGCGAAACAACAAAGAACGGUUAAAUGGAACUGUGCGCAAAAAAAAAAUGGUAAUGGAAAGUCGGCAUGUAACAAGAGCUUUGCCUGAUCAAAUUCGGUUCAAUAGGUUGUACAUCCAUAGGAUGAAGGAUAGUUGCUAUUUUUUUAGUGCAGCAAACAAAAAACAAACACACAAACAAAAAAACAAACGUCAACACGUCAAACGUCAAAUGUCAAAAAAAAGGAAGAGUAUUUGUCAAACGCUAAUGUCAAACGUGCAAUCGUUAGUGCGUGUGUAAUGUGUAAUCAACCAAAACAACAAAACAAAAAAAACAGCAGAACACUUCAAAGCUAUUGGAAUGUAUGCGUUACAGAACGUUAACGUGUUAAACCUUAUCCGGCAGCAUAAAAACACAACGAGAUCUUUUUGCUAUCUUUCCUAACAUGUAACUAUCGUAACUGUGUGUGUGUAUCUAGUGUAAAGCAAAACAAAACCAAUGUUCCGGUCUUACCGUUCAUGUCUUUUUAUCGUUAUUUCCGCGGGGGGAGGGGGGGAGGGGAGCCCCUGGUUGAUGAGGAUCUAUUUUUUGAUUACGUGUAAUAUAACGCAAUAUAACGCGUAACGCAAAGGGACACAUAACAGCAUCAGUAUAAGGACACGAUAUACUGGCUGUAAUAGCUGUGAAAUGGAUAGAUUGUUUGUGGUCUCUGCAACUUGUGUUUUCUAACAAAAAAAAUCUGGUUUAAGCUAACCUCUUCAAUGUAAUGCCAAUGCGUUCGUUUAGUGGACGAAGUUGUUCUGUGUGUGUACUAAAGCAAAUGACAAGAGAAAGUGCUCGUUUUCUUUUGUUUUCUUUUCAUUUGUAUUUUAAGUUCGUUAGAUUAAAUUUGACGUUUACGAUCUCAGUAUACGCUGAGCGUUUUUUUUUUUUUCAUAAAGUAAAAUUUAGUAAAAAUAGUCAAUCAGUCCUAUUCCUUCCAUACCUGCAGAGAAUAAAAAGAUCGUUAAGUUUACGUGUCUCUAAAUUGAGCAAAUGUCACUAUUAACACCUAUAAAAUCUAUCUUCAGAGCAUAAAUUAAAUACCAUAUUAAAUAUACCGAUACGAGACACAGAAGCAACCGAAGAUACUACCAGCGGUGGAAGUAAUAAUAACGCAAACCAAUACUACUCCAAAGAAGGAUACUAGGCAUCUUGCUCGGACAUGUAUGCUUAUGCAACACGUGAAGUAAUCAAUCCAGCGCGACUAAACGUACCCAAUUUUGCAAUAGUCAAUUACGUGUGAACCCCCCAAACAAAGAAAAAAACGAUAGACAGCAAGCAUUUUUUUGCAAAUUUAUGAAAUAAAACGAAAAAAAUGCAAACUCACACACACACACACACAUAUAAACGUCAUCUGACAAUGGAGAUUGCAAAAGAAACCCUUUAAAGGCAAAUCUACUGUUUGCGCUAGUGCUAUUAAUAAAUAUUCCUACUUCUACUCAUCUAAUUGCUGCUGAAUGAAAGCAAAAAGAACAACAAAAAAACAAACAUAAAUUAAAAAAUUACCACUCUGCAUACCUAACCUAAUAUUCACUCCAUGUGAGCAUUAAACAAUCGACCGUAAAGCGAAUUUUCUGUCAAUUUCUACUCUGAAAACCGAAAACCGGAAAAUGUUUGGCUUAUUGCAGCCGUAUCGGACGCUUUGAUAUGGACGUAUAGGACUGAAGCUGCCGCAGCCAUUUUGCAAAAAAAGGGAAAUGCCGGACAAAGCGUGAGGCAAAAAAGUAUUUGAACCAAAAAGCCAAAUAAAAAAACACAAAAGCAACAUCGAGAUUUAAGAAGAACAACAACAAAAAACCCCACGAAAGAACAGUGAAAUACAAUCCUAUCACCUUUAUUAAAGUGUGAACAUAUGAACAUAAUGAUGAGAAGAUAUAACACUAAACAAAUAAAAACAAUCCCUGAAUUAUAAAUACAUAGGUACAAACGUCAGGGUAGCUACAGAAGAAUUUUUCCCCUACCAGCUCCAACAUCGAACCGGUAGGAAAAAUGAUUAAUCCGGAUGGCUAUUUAGCGUGGUAUAUAGGAGCAAACGACAAGGCAUCCUGCUAUCGAUUCCAACGGUCACAGUCACGCUUGGUUUUGACCAGACUCCAUAGUUUAUAGAGAUGUGUAUGCAUUUUGACGCGAUUGACUACUAUUUUUCUUAGUAUUUUUCUAGACAGAAUUAUGAACUAUUAUACGAAAUCAAGAUACAAGGGCCAUACCGUAAUGGGGGGGGGAUGUAUGAGGAAACCGUGUAGGAAAUAUGAAAUACAUACAAACAAAAAAAAAGUUACAACGUAAGUUCUAACCCGUAGUCGUAACGAGUCAAUCCGCAGCGCAAUUACAUUAUACACAAACAGCAAACGGCUAAAAACCACUUGACACCGAUAACGGAAAAUGCAUACAACCUGACAGAAAUCUCGUUUUCCAUAGGCUGCUAUGAUGCGGAAAGUUACUCCGCACGGAGCCACACACACACUCACAGACAGGAACAUAGUAUUGGACGUAGGUAGUACAAUAAAUUUAAUUGAUACUACAAUUUCAACACAAUCAGCUCAUUUCUUUAUAUAAAAUUUUAAUACAUUUAUUUUAAUGGGAUUUCUAAUCAAAGUAUAACAGAGUCGUAGUCAUUUCUAGAUUUUGUUCAAGUUGAACUAGAUUCUUCAGAAAUUCGACGCAUUUUCUUGAAAUGGAUUUCAAUGUGCAGAUUUUCUAUCUCAGUACAUCCUAGCUUAAUUUGAACUCAAUCAGGAAAAUAAUUACUUGUUUAUUUCUCCUCAACAAGAAUAGCCCAAAAAUAGCUCAAAAAACCAUAGUCAAAUGUAUUCUUACAGAACUUAUUUUUUCUUGAUAAUUUUUUAUUCCAAUAUUUUUUAAGAACGACCAGAUUUUGUUUUCUACUAAAUGAGCCACAAAUUUUGCAAGAAAAAAAAGAAUAGUACAUGCACUGAUGCAUCUGCAGCAACAGAUAUACAUAUCUGAUAGGAAACAAAACCAUGACUCUAAACCAAAUAUGUCAAGCCGAGAGCAGAGUAACACUCGUAUCGAUAAACCGGAAACAAAUAUGAUGUAAACUAUAUGAAACACAACUAAAAGCUUUAAAUGUUGUUCGAACGUAAAUAAUUUACCUAUUAACAGAAAACCAGCGAGACGUAAGUGUACGGUGCGAGCGGAUCUCGCAUUACGGUGAACUGGAAAUCGGUUGAGUAGAAAACCAAACGGUGCGGAUCAAAGGGCUGGAGGUCAGGAUUUAUGAAUGAUUACUUUUUUUCCAAUAAAGAAAACCAAAGUGCAAAAAAAACCAACCGUUGUAGCGCCAGAAAGCUGCAGAACACUUUCUGCAAGGUACACACACACACACUCACACGCUUCGCCUGAAUGAAAAAGGAACAGAAUUGGUUCGACGCUCUUCAAUGUUUAGUGGCCUAACAAAACACAGAUUAGCCCUCCGUCUUUGCGAGUUUGAUGCCGAUUUCCUGGCAAAAAAAGGUCCCAAUUUUACUGUCCGCCACCGAUAGAAAUUGUUUAUAUAUUUACAAUCACACUACAAUUCCCGUUACUGUCAGAACUCAAAUAUUAAAAAAAAAAAACAAAUUUUAAUUUUUUUUAAACUAUUUUUUUCCUACUGUUUUGUGAAAAUUUUUUAAUCGAUGCCAAUUGAUAUUAUCUCAUUGAAAAGAAGAUUCUAAAAAAAUACUAAGAAGAAACUUCUCAUUAUUUUGUUUUCCGACACCACAGCAUAAAAUUAUUCUGUUCCAACCUUAAGUGAUGGUUUCACUUUUUCAAAGUACCCAUACCGAACGAGAACCAUAGUGCAACGGUAAAGAAAUCGAAAAUCUAACUCGAAAAGAUAAAAUAAAACAAAACAAACAAAAAACCAAUAGCUGGAAAAUGGGAAAUUUUUCAAGUGCGGCAGAAGAAGAACAAAAGAAAAUGAAUCAAUCGUAACACAGAACCGUAAACGCAACGUAAUACACAAUUUGCAAUAGAUAAUUAAACGCAUAGAAAACCAACAUAUGCAAUUACUAAAUGGCGCUAAAAACAAAUAAUAACUGUGGCAAGUGCUUAGGAUAGAAUACAAAUGAAGCAACAACAUAAGAAAAAAACUAAAACAAGAAAAAAAAACACAAAUCUAUAGCAAACAAAACUGGUAGGAAAAAAAACAAGGAAGGUAAUAAAAAACACACACAAAAACACAAAAACAAAGUAAAGCUAAACAUGCGUGAACAAAAAAAAA